GCGGCCUCAGUGCCAGCCGGGCGCCGGCGGGGCAGCAUGGGGGCGCGGGGCCGGCGGGGCCGCAGCGGGCCGCCCUCGCGGUGCCCGCAGCCCGAGUGCUUCGACCCGCUGGUGCGCGUGUGCGUGGCCUGCAGCCUCCUCCGCACGCCGGAGCCCCCGGCGGCCGAGCCGAGCAGCGCGGCGGCGGGGACGGCGGUGUGGCCGCGGGAGGCGGGCGCGGGGCCCGGGGCGCUGCUGCUGGGCGCCCCCGCGCUGCUGGGCCUGGCGCUGGCCCUGGUGCUGGCGGCCGCGCUGGGCUGGCGGCGGCUGCGGCGGCCCGCGCCCCCCGAGGCCCCGGACACCGCGCUGGACGACGAGCCCCUGGACACCGUCAUCGUCCUCUCUUCCGGGCCCCUGGAUGCCCCCGGGCCCGUCUGGCCUGCCCCCGGGGAAGACCCAGCCACCAUGCCCCCGGCCCACAGCGUCCCCGUGCCCGCCACGGAGCUGGGCUCCACCGAGCUGGUGACCACGAAGACGGCCGGGCCUGAGCAGCAGUAGCCAUGGGCGGGGCAGGAGGGCCCUGGCCUCCCGGGGCCAUCGGCUGAGGGGCUGGAGGUCGAUCGGCUCUUCGCCCCGUCCACCUGCCCCUUCCUGGAACCAGGCCGCUCCGGGCCGAGCCCGCAGAGCCGCAGACACUGGCGUGUGGGACGGACGCCCAUCGUGCUGGGGCCUCGCAGGCUGUGCCGAGGAGCCGGGCGCUGUGACAGGAGCACUGAGCGGGGAGCCCCGCCACGCGAGCGCGUCCAGAAGGGCCCGGAGCUGGUUUGGAACGUCUUUAGCUCUCACCCUCAGCUGCCCGCUUCUACCCGGACGUGGCUGCCCGAGGCCCGAGAGGGCUCCUUCGGGAUUUAACACAAGGUGGCUCCUCGGAACAGCCUGGAUUGCGCGGACGCUCGGCACCUGGCACCCUGGGCAUUGCCACUCCGGGGCGGCUUCCAAGGCCCUGGCUCCCCCUGGCGCCGCCUCCCCCCUCCGGGGCUGGCUUCACGCUCACUGGAGGUGCGGGCAGAGCUCACUCAGCCGGCCCGGGCCCAGGGCCUGCAGGAGGCUUCGUCACAGGCCUGUGGCCUGCCCUCCCCAAGUCCUAGGCCCAGCCCCUGGGCCCACCCACUUCCCAGUGGGACUGCUCCUCUGACUGAGGUGCGGUGCUCCCUCAGCCUGUCUUGCCAGCCUCCUGCGUGGGCUCAGCUCUCCUGACCGGGACUCCUCCUGGGAGGCGGCCUUGGACCUGCUUACAGCUCAGCGUCUCAAAAGGAGCACUGCGCUGGGAGUCGGGAGAUGGGGUCUGGGGGCCGUUUUGUCCCCUGUGGGGCCUUGGCCACCGCUGUCCCGUGUACUGAUGCUCCCCUCUUCCCCACCGGACAUCAGAACUGCCCGGCAGAUCCCCAUCCUCUCCCAGCUCAGGAGCCAUCACCAGCCAGUUUCCCCCCAGGACCUGGACACUCACGUCUAAGUCUCUUCCCAGCCGCUCCCUCCCCCCACAGCUCAGAUGCCCUCCCUCCACGGGGCCAGGUG